AUGGUGUUGUCAGAAAAAGUGAACCAGCUGAUGGAGUGGGCUAGUAAAAGAUCAGUUAUUCGAAUGAACGGAGACAAAUUUCGACGCCUUGUGAAGGCUCCGCCCAGAAAUUAUUCGGUGAUCGUGAUGUUCACUGCCCUUCAGCCUCACCGACAGUGUGUUGUGUGCAAGCAAGCUGAUGAGGAGUACCAGAUUCUGGCAAACUCCUGGAGAUAUUCCAGCGCAUUUACCAACAAGAUCUUUUUUGCUAUGGUAGAUUUUGAUGAAGGCUCAGAUGUGUUCCAGAUGCUAAACAUGAAUUCUGCUCCAACCUUCAUUAACUUUCCUGCUAAAGGGAAGCCGAAACGGGGUGACACCUACGAACUGCAGGUGCGAGGCUUUGCAGCUGAACAGCUUGCUCGAUGGGUGGCCGACAGGACUGAUGUCAGUAUCCGUGUGAUAAGGCCACCAAACUACGCUGGACCGUUGAUGUUAGGACUGCUGCUGGCUGUCAUUGGAGGCCUCGUGUACUUGCGUGGAAGCAACCUGGAUUUUCUGUACAACAAAACUGGCUGGGCCUUUGCUGCAUUGUGUUUUGUGUUAGCAAUGACAUCAGGCCAGAUGUGGAACCACAUUAGAGGUCCACCCUAUGCUCAUAAGAAUCCCCAUACAGGGCAAGUGAACUAUAUCCAUGGAAGCAGCCAAGCCCAGUUUGUGGCGGAAACGCACAUUGUUCUUCUGUUCAAUGGUGGUGUUACUUUAGGAAUGGUACUCCUCUACGAAGCCGCUACCUCUGACAUGGAUGUGGGGAAAAGAAAAAUUAUGUGCAUUGCUGGCAUCGGCUUGGUGGGCUUGUUCUUCAGCUGGUUGCUGUCCGUCUUCAGAUCCAAGUACCACGGCUACCCAUACAGGCUGAAACUGAAGCACAUGGAGGAGGGAACAAGUGUGAUAGUGGAGCAAGAGAAGAUUGAGUGCUUGCAAGGACCUGUAGCAGAUUUAGAGAGGAUGGAAUUCUAG